AUGGCGGCCCAGGAGUCCCUCACGGAGUAUUCCAGGCGGACUUGGUGUACGCUCGUUAUUAGUUCUGUUUUGUGUAUGUUUCUAGUCUGCAGUGCUCGGGUAAGCGCGAACCAAUACUCGAAGGAGUCCGAGUACGUCGCUACGCAUGGAAAGUGCGAGAAAAUUACCAUACCACUGUGUAAAGAUAUUCAGUACAAUGAAACAAUCAUGCCCAAUUUACUCAACCACAUGAAACAGGACGAUGCGGGAUUAGAGGUACACCAGUUUUUCCCGUUGGUGAAAGUGCAGUGCAGUAAACAGCUGAAGUUUUUCCUGUGCACCAUGUACGUACCCGUUUGCACCGUGUUGGAGGAUGCUAUCCCGCCGUGCCGAUCUCUGUGUAACGAGGCGAGGACAGGUUGUGAGAGCUUAAUGAACAAGUUCGGAUUUGAGUGGCCGGAGACUUUGAAGUGUGAUCAGUUCCCACCCUCUGGACUGUGUGUCGGGGAGAAUGCCACGGAUACCUCAGAACCCACAAAACGACCAGGAGGUGGUGGUGGCGGCUUUCAUGGGGGUGGUGGCGGCGGUUUUCAUGGGGGUGACGGUGCGCACACCAGACCUGGUGGGGGCAGCAUCUUUCCACAUUCAGGAGAAACUCUUCCACCGUGGGAUAAUGGACCACCAACUCGUGAUCUAGGCUUCAGAUGUCCAUCGUAUCUUACUAUGCCCAAGGGGUUCGACUACCAUCUGAAAGUGGGGGAUGAUGUGGAGAAGAACUGCGGUGCCCCAUGUUAUAACAUGUUCUUUGACCCAAAAGAACGUAAUUUUGCUAAAUGGUGGAUUGGGGUUUGGUCAUGCAUAUGCCUGGCCUCCACACUUUUCACUGUGCUGACAUUUCUCAUCGACAUGCAGAGGUUUAGAUACCCCGAACGACCAAUCAUUUUCCUCUCUGGUUGUUACUUUAUGGUGGCUCUUGCCUACGUAGUCGGAUUUGCUCUCAGGGAAAAAAUUUCUUGUAGUGGACCAUUUGAGCCUCCGAAUAUGAAUACUCGAAAAGAAGACAUGCUCCAGGUGGUGACUCAGGGAACUAAGAAAGAAGGUUGCACUAUUCUCUUCAUGAUGUUGUACUUCUUCAGCAUGGCCAGCUCCAUCUGGUGGGUUAUUUUGACCCUGACCUGGUUCCUGGCCGCUGGCAUGAAAUGGGGCCAUGAAGCUAUCGAAGCCAACUCUCAGUAUUUUCAUCUGGCUGCCUGGGCUGUACCUGCUAUUAAAACCAUCGCCAUCCUGGCCAUGGGGCAGGUUGAUGGGGAUGUUCUGAGUGGUGUUUGCUACACAGGGAUCUUUGACGUGGAUGCUCUCCGAGGGUUUGUGCUGGCUCCUCUUGUUGUGUACCUCAUCAUCGGAACAUCUUUUCUUCUGGCUGGCUUUGUAUCCUUGUUUCGUAUUCGCACAAUCAUGAAGAGCGACGGCACCAAAACCGACAAACUGGAGAAGCUGAUGGUACGAAUUGGAAUUUUUUCAGUCCUCUACACAGUUCCAGCAACUAUUGUCAUUGCUUGCUACUUUUAUGAGCAAGCAUUCCGAGAUAAAUGGAUGGUGACCUGGUAUGAUGGCGAAUGCAAGCAUUUUCAUAUCAACUGCCCGUAUGGAAUAACCUCCAAGCCAUGGCCAGACUUCAAUGUCUUCAUGAUCAAGUAUUUAAUGACAGUCAUUGUGGGCAUCACGUCUGGGGUGUGGAUUUGGACUGGGAAAACUUUCCACUCCUGGAGGACAUUCUCUAGUAGAAUAUUUAUCCACAGAACCAAUGAGUCGGUAGUGUGA